AUGGCCGACGACGACAAUUGUGCAAACCGGCAAUUUCUGGCCUGGGUCAAGGAAUGGCUCGACGUCGCACGCCAACGCAGCUCCAAGGGCGUUACGACGUACAAGAACGCCUACGAUUCUCUCAAGGCCUGCCCCCUGACCUUUCAACAUCCCUCAGAGCUGCAACAGCUGAAGGGCUUUGGCCCCAAGCUCUGUGAACGACUCACGGAAAACCUCCAAAACCAUUGUCAGCAGAAUGGCUUGCCGAUGCCGGAGCGUCCUGGGGCGAGAAAGGCGGCCGGCCGGGCUCGGCAAGGGGACGACGGCGGCGACGGCGGCGACGGUGACGACGACGGUGACGGCGGAAGUCAUCCCCCAGCAAAGAGGAGGAAGCCGAGGCAGCCCAAGGCGUACGUUCCUACCUUUCGCAGCGGCGCGUACGCUCUCGUCAUCGGUCUCUCCACCCUCUCGGAGGAGAGCACCUCGGGCAUGACCAAGACGGAACUCAUUCAAAUCGCCCAGCCGCACUGCGAUUCGUCCUUGACGGUACCGAGCGAUGCCACGAAAACAUACACCGCUUGGAGCUCGAUGAAGACGUUGAUCCAAAAAGAGCUCGUUUACGAGAGGGGCAGGCCGCUUCGCCGUUAUGCUCUGACGGAUGAAGGCUGGCAUGUGGCAAGGCGCAUCAAGGAGACCCGCGAGUGCCGAUUGGAUGGGCGGGAUGACGAGCACGGCGAAACUUCCCGGCCAAUGUCCGACCCCGAACCUCAAGCUGAGGCCGGACGAGUCUCUCGAUUUCGGUCCCCGUCACCACGAGCCGAGAUCCGCGAGGUGCAAGCAUCGCCCUACGUGCAUGUCGUCCCGGACGGCCCGCCCGCCUCCGGGCGCGACCAUACUUUACCCGACUUUGACCCGGUUCGACUGCCCCCAGGUUCCUUUACCGUCCACCUGGUCCUGGACGUCCGCGAGGUCAGAGCCAGAACGGAUCGCGAUUACAUCCAGGAGGAGCUGGCGAAGCAGGGCGUCAAGCCCAUCAUGAGGAGCCUGGAGGUCGGCGACGCCCAGUGGGUCGCCAAGCUGCACGACUCCGACCUGCUGUCUCGGCACGGCGCCGAGGGGGACGAGGUUGUUCUCGACUGGAUUGUCGAGCGUAAGCGCCUCGACGACUUGGUCUCCAGCAUCAAGGACGGCCGUUUCCACGAGCAAAAAUUUCGACUCGGCCGCUCAGGCGUUAGGAAGGUGAUUUACAUCAUCGAGGAGAUCACCAUGGACCAUUCGGUGCACCAGCGAUACGACGAGGCCAUUGAAUCCGCCAUGGCGUCGAUGCAGGUGGUGAAUGGCUACUUUGUCAAGCGGACGGCCAAGAUGGACGAGACCAUCCGGUACCUGUCACGAAUGACGGCCUUGUUGAAGCGAGACUACGAGGGCAAAACGCUCAACGUGAUUCCGACGAGAAUUCUGACGGCCCAAAACUAUCUCCCCCUGCUCGGCCACCUGCGGACGAAGGAUCCGUCGGUGGGAUACUACAUCAGCUAUCCCGCCUUUGCUUCGCUCGCGUCCAAGUCCGAGUUGAUGACCCUGCGCGACGUCUUCCUCAAGAUGCUCAUGACGACGAGGGGUAUUACAGGAGAGCGAGCGCUCGCAAUACAAAAGCGGUGGAAGACGCCCCACGACUUGGUCAAGGCAUUCGACGCUUGCGGACCGGGCGAGCAGGGAAAGAAACGGAAGCAGGAGCUCGUCUCGAGCGAGCUCGACUAUUUGGCGGGAAGAAUGAAAAUAAGCAAGGCCCUGAGCGGCAAGAUUGCCGAAGUCUGGGGUGAUGCUUGA